AUGCCUAUAAUACACUUGUUCCAACCAAUUCGCUCAACACCAGAUGGAACCAGUACUGUAAAAGUGGUGCCACCUGACGUACUCGAUCCACCAGACCCAUCAGCGUUAGUAGGACUUGCUGCUGUAGGAACAAGUGUAGUACCCGCAGGAGUAUAUGGUGGGCCACCUGACGUACUCGAUCCACCAGACCCAUCAGCGUUAGUAGGACUUGCUCCUGUAGGAACAAAUGUAGUACCCGCAGGAGUAUAUGGUGGGCCAUAUGUAGUACUCGUGAA